AUGAACCCCAGCGACCCCAGCUACUCCUUGGCUUCACUCUAUGUGGGGGACCUGCACCCUGAUGUGACCGAGGCGAUGCUCUAUGAGAAGUUCAGUUCUGCCGGGCCCAUCCUCUCCAUCCGGGUCUACAGGGACAGGACCACCCGGCGCUCGCUGGGCUAUGCGUCUGUCAACUUCCAGCAGCUGGAGGACGCCGAGCGGGCCUUGGACACCAUGAACUUCGAUGUGAUCAAGGGCAAGCCUGUCCGCAUCAUGUGGUCUCAGCGGGACCCGUCGCUGCGCAAAAGCGGGGUCGGUAACAUCUUCGUCAAAAACCUGGACAGGUCCAUCGACAGCAAAGCGCUGUACGACACCUUCUCCGCCUUCGGCAACAUCCUCUCGUGUAAGGUGGUGUGUGAUGAGAACGGCUCCAAGGGCUACGGGUUUGUGCACUUUGAGACGCAGGAGGAAGCCGAACGAGCCAUUGAGAAAAUGAACGGGAUGUUCCUCAACGAUCGCAAGGUGUUUGUUGGCCGGUUUAAGUCUCGUAGAGACAGGCAGGCUGAACUUGGAGCCCGGGCUAAAGAGUUUACCAAUGUUUACAUCAAGAAUUUGGGAGAAGAUAUGGAUGAUGAGCGACUCCAGGGUCUCUUCAGCAAAUUUGGGCCUGCCUUAAGUGUCAAAGUCAUGACUGACGAAAGCGGGAAAUCCAAAGGAUUUGGGUUCGUAAGCUUUGAAAGGCAUGAAGAUGCACGGAAGGCCGUGGAUGAGAUGAACGGAAAAGACCUCAACGGAAAGCAAAUUUAUGUUGGUCGGGCUCAGAAAAAAGUGGAACGACAGACUGAACUGAAGCACAAAUUUGGACAGAUGAAGCAAGAUAAGCACAAGGUUGAACAGGUACCCCAAGAUAUCAGCGUCAGGUGCCAAGGUGUUAAUCUUUAUGUGAAAAAUCUCGAUGAUGGUAUUGAUGACGAGCGUCUCCGGAAGGAGUUUUCUCCAUUUGGCACUAUCACGAGCGCCAAGGUUACCAUGGAGGGUGGUCGCAGCAAAGGAUUUGGUUUUGUAUGUUUCUCCUCUCCGGAAGAAGCCACUAAAGCAGUUACAGAAAUGAAUGGUAGAAUUGUGGCCACCAAACCACUCUAUGUAGCCUUAGCCCAACGCAAAGAGGAGCGCCAGGCUCACCUCAGUAAUCAGUAUAUGCAAAGAAUGGCAAGCACCAGUGCUGUGUCCAGCCCGGUCAUCAACCCUUUCCAGCCAGCACAGGCUCCUUCAGGCUACUUCAUGACAACUACGUCACAGACUCAGAACUGUGGAGCAUACUAUGCUCCUAACCAAACUACUCAGCAGGGACCAGGUCACCGUGGGAGUGCUCAGGGUGCCAGAGCUCAUCCGUUCCAAAAUAUGUCUAGUGCCAUCCAGCCAGCUACUAUCCCAUCGUUUAGUACUUCAGGACCAGCUUCCUCACAGGCUCUACGGAGUAUGUCAACACAUCGUGCUGGCAGUGCAUCCACACAGAUGAUGGGCUCACAUCCCACAGCCCGCCCCGUUCCCCAGUAUAAAUAUACUGCUGGAGUCCGGAAUCCCCCUCAGCAUCUUAGUGCACAGCCACAAGUCACCAUGCAGAGGUCUGCUGUUCCUGUUCAAGGUAAAGCAUCUUUGACCGCCUCAAUGCUGGCAUCUGCUUCCCCUCAAGCGCAAAAGCAAAUGUUAGGGGAAUGGCUGUUUUCCCUUAUUCAAGCCAUGCACCCUGCUCUAGCUGGUAAAAUCACUGGCAUGCUGUUGGAGAUUGAUAAUUUAGAAUUACGUCACAUGCUUGAGUCUCCAGAGUGUCUCCACACCAAAAUUGAUGAAGCCAUAGCUGUGCUGCAAGCCCACCAAGCCAAAGAGACUCCCCAGCAGGCAGUGGGCAGUGUCGCUGGGGUCCCAACUGCUUAA